AUGGGGGACGAGCGCAAGAGGCGUCGGGACGAGUCGCUCGAGCCCCACGCAUCGUGCGACGAGCCCUUCGACCCGGACUCGUUCGAUUGGGAGGUGAGCGCGCAUGGAACUCCGGCCGACGCUCGAUCCCUGACCCUCGUUGUCGGCACCACCGCCGAGAAUUCUCCACGAGUAAUCGCCUCUUCCCAGAACGCUGACCGUCCACCCAACACGAUCCCUCCCCAGGCGCGCUACGAGGCUCUCUCGCGCGUGUUCCACACUCCUCGCGAUGCGUACCCGCGCGGCUGCCCCGAGGAGCGCGAGCUGCGAGACUUUGUUCCGAAGGCGGCCAGAUUUAACGCGAGACUUCGCGCCGCUUCGUCCGUCGCGCGCUCGGGUCUCGACGACGCGGACGCGACGAGGGCGACGACGAACGGCGGCGACGACGGGCCGCUGAACCUGCCGCGAAGGUACGAUCCGCGGUACAAGGUCAACGCCGCGGUGCUCACCGCGCCGCGCCCGGAGCUUGAGCGCGCGGCGCGCCGCGAGCGCCUACCCCCCGCGGCGGUCGACGAGUACAGAAGCGUGCUCGCGCACUACGAAGAUUUCCGACAACGACGCUCGCUGGCCAAACUCGUCAAGCUCGCCAAGGACAAGAGCAAGCUUCCCAUCGCCGCGGAGAUGGACGCCAUCGUGCGAUCGGUGACGGAACAUCCCGUGACGCUCAUCGCGGGAGACACCGGGUGCGGCAAGAGCACGCAGGUGCCGCAGUACCUUUUACGAGCGGGAUUCCGACGCGUCGCUUUAACGCAACCGAGGCGCGUCGCAGCCACGGCGCUGGCGCGGCGCGUGUCGCACGAAACUCUCAACGAGUGGGGCGGGGAAAUAGCGUACAAGAUACGCUUCGACACCACCAACGACGGGGCGCGAACCAGGGUGCUGUUCAUGACGGAAGGGGUGCUGCUUCGACAGCUGUGCGCGGAUCCGGACCUUCACGAAUUCGACGUCGUCGUCAUCGACGAAGCGCACGAGAGGCACCUCAACACGGAUCUCGCGCUGGGUCUCUUGAAGUCAAUCACGGAGCGAAGAGCCGAGUUUCGGCUGGUGAUCAUGUCCGCGACGAUCGACCUGGAGAUGUUCGCGAGGUACUUUGGCGGAUGUCCGGCGAUAUCCGUCCCGGGCAGGCUGCACCCAAUCAAGCUCACCUACCUCGACGCGAACUUGGCGGGUGGCCGGCGGGUAGAUCGCGCGGAUGAGAAACCGACGGUCGUCGGUUCGAACCCGUCGCGGCGCGGGUUUCGUAACAGGGACACCGGCGAGAGGUUCGAGAGAAUCGACCCCCACCCCUACCUGGUGCUGCUUCAGAGAAUAGACGCCAAGUACCCGCGAAAUCAACGCGGCGACUUGCUCGUCUUUUUACCGGGGAUGGCUGAGAUCGGCGCAGUCGCCGAGCACGUGCGACCGUACGCGGUGGAGUCCAAGCGAUGGAUCAUCCUGCCCCUGCACAGCGCGCUCAGCGCGGAGGAGCAGGAUAAGGUGUUCGACGCCGCUCCCGAGGGCGUCCGCAAGUGCGUUUUGUCCACCAACGUAGCGGAGACGUCGGUGACGAUUGACGGCGUCCGUUUCGUCUGCGACAGCGGCCGGCACAAGGAGAUGCAGCACGACCCUCGCACCGGGGCCGGGUCCCUCCAGGAGGGGUGGAUCAGCAAGGCGAGCGCGGAUCAGCGAAAGGGCCGCGCGGGACGGACGGGCCCCGGCGUGUGCUUUCGCCUGUACUCGGAAGUCGAAUACGAGCGGUUCCGAAAGAAUACGCCGCCGGAGAUUUCUCGGGCCAAUCUUCAGGGCCUCGUGCUGCAACUCAAGAACAUCGCGGGGGGCACGUGCGACGCGCGAUACUUUCCGUGGCUGGAACCGCCCCCGAGGGACGCGCUGGAGUCGGCGACGUGGGCGUUGCGGGAGCACGGCGCGUUGACAUCCGCGGAGACGCUGACGCCGCUCGGGGGUUUACUCGCGAGUCUACCCGUGGACGUCAACGCCGGGAAGCUGCUGGCGCUGGCGUCGCUGUUCGGGCUGACCGGACCGGCGACGUCGCUGGCGGCUGCGCUCGCGGUCAAGUCGCCGUUCGCGCGAAAGCCCGGCGGUUCGGCGAGCGGUAACACGCGGGAGGCGAGGUUCGAUUUCGAGUCCCCUCACGGCGACCCGUUCACGGCGCUCACCGCGUACGCUCGGUGGCUGGACGUGCGAGACGGACGCAGGGAAAACUCGAGGAAGUGGUGCCGGCGGAUGGGCCUGGAGGAGCAGAGGCUCGUGGAGAUGGCCAAGCUUCAGCGGCAGUUCAGCGACGCGUGCGAGGGGUCGGGGCUGACGAGAAAGAACGGGGGCGGCGGCGGCGAAAGUGGCAAAGGCGGAGACGGGGAGGUCGGAGGUUCGAACCCCCGCGGCGGCGGCGUGGAGAGGGGACGCCACUCCGUGCUGCGACACAAGCGGCGGCUGCUGAGGGACAUGCAGCGCGCGCGCGAGCGCGAGCGGGGAAGGCGGGUCCUGGCGCCGGACGGCGACGGCGGCGCCGGCGGGUCCGACCCCGAUCCAGACGACGACGACGACGACGAAAAGAGCCCCAGCACCGUGUUCGAGGACGAAAUCAGGGCCCUGGACCUCGCCGUUCACGUCGAUCUUCGCGCGGCGCGGCGCGCGGCGCGAGGCGGCGCCCUCGGUCGCGGGGAGACGUCGCUGAUGAAGGCUAUCCUGGCGCAGGCGCUCUACCCUCGCGUCGCGGCGCCCGACUCGAACAACGCGAGUCGAGAACGAGAGAGCGACUGGAGGUUCCACUGCAGGGAGGUUCGCGACGCGGUGUUGCAUCCCACGUCGAGUCUCUGCGCCCCGGACCACGCGCCGGCGCCCACCGAGGUGGUGCUCUUCGGAGAGAUGCUCGAGACCCACCGGGUGUUUUUGUGCAACUGCGCCAGGGCUCCGGCGCACGCGCUGUUGCUCUCGGCGUCAAACGUCGAGUGCGACGUGUACGCCGAACGAAUCUUAGUGGACCGGUGGCUGAUGUUACGCGUCAGCACGGCGGGCGGGGGCGAGUCCCUGCUCGUCGCCGCGUCGCGGCUCAGGCUGGCGACGAGGGCGCUGCUGCGCGAGCGCCUGCGUGUCUCAAAGGGCAGCCGCCGACGGUCGUCCAACGGCGGGCGAAGACGCGGCGGCGGCGUUCGAAGCGACGAGGAUGUGUUCGAAGAGGCGGACGCGCCGCCCGCGGAUCUGUUGGCGGCGGUGCGCGCCGCGCCCGUGCCCGAGGCGGCGAGGCUCAUCGCCGAGGAGACCGUCUCGGCGUGCGGCGGCGUGCUCGACGUAGACCCUUCGCACCCUUCGCGCCCUUCGCGUUCGCCGUGGGGGGAGCACGGCGUGCGGGGCGACGACCUCGCGGAUGAUCUCGCCAAGUUCAUCGAGUGGCCGGUGCGAUACGACGUCGAGGUGGUUUCCAAAUCCGCGCUCCUCCGUAACCUUCCGCCCGAACACGAGCCCGUCGCGGACGGAGUGGGCGACGGCGCUCGGAAAACAAACGCGUCGUCGUUCGUGGGCAUAGCCGUGGCGCCGUGGCUUAGAUGGGCGGGGCUUCGCGAGAAGGAGGACGACCUCGCCGACCACGCCGCGGCUCCACACCUUCGCAAGCGGUGGAAGUGCCCCGCGUGCGGGAAAACGAUGAUGGCGUUUUAUCAGGAGAUUGAUCGGCACAGGGAGCGAUGCGGCUUGCCCGAGGAGGAGCGGGACCCCGCCGCGCUGCCGGCGAACUUCGGCAAGGGCGGAGGGUCCGGACCGAGUCUGCAGGAGGAGCUGGCGGGUGGGGCGAACUUGGGUUUACCGCGAGAGGCGCUGUCGCUGCGGCCGCCGGCGACGACGAGCACGAGCGAGUUCGCGGACGCUCCGAAACCGAGAGACGAUCCGGGCGGGAAUCGAUCCCCCGACCUCAAGUACGAUCCCGGCGGGCACGUCAACCUGUUCGACGGCGCGAGCGUCGCGCAGGGGGGCGAUGCACCCUCGGGGCCGACUCGAUCUUUCGGGUGCGAGAAGUGCGGGAAGACGCUCGAGCUCACGACGGUUGGGAUUUUGAAGCACAGAAGGUCGUGCCGGGGGUAA